AUGAUUAAGCAGCACAUUAGUACGCCCGUCAAGGAUAUUAGUUAUAAGGACGCUUCUUUCAUCGACAUGGUGUACGAGUAUAAGUAUGCAGUAACCAAGGAAUCGAAGAACGUCAUCUACUCAAUCAAGUGGGCUCCCGAGACAGCGUGGGAAGACAAAUGCUCGGCUUCUACGACCAGCCCAGCGAUCUUGAAGUUUGCUGCUCCAAAGCGUACACCUGCGGAUACGCUGAAGGUGUUAUUGGAGGGCCAAUGGAAUUACAUGUUGAAAAUAGUGCUCUAUAAGAAUAUAGGAACUCGCUUGUAUUGGGGAAUCAUGAUAUCUAUUGCUCGUAAUCGUAAGAGAUUGACAAUCGAAGAACAAGGCGUGGCGUACGACUACCCGAAAAGAAGCAAUCAUGAAACAAUCUGA